AUGUCCUCUUAUGAAUCGCUCGUAAAGUAUAAAGAUCGAGAUGGUUAUUACUGCCCUAGAGACGACUGUUUUAUGAAGCUAGCUGAGAAGCUUAUGGGAUUCCGGGCAUACUAUAGAAUGCAUAUUAAGCUCAAGCGUCUAUGCCCGAUCUACGUACUAUUAUGGAUAUCGGGAACCUUGAUUGAAUGGAUCUGCCACGUUUGUUGUUAUGAAACCGAGAGCGAAAUCGAUUUGAUGAAUGCUGUGAAUAACCACACUGAGGAGGCUGCUUAUGAAAAAGGCGAGAUAUUGCGGCAGUAG